AUGAUCCGGUCGCCCAAGGAGGUUCUGCCGUCGACUGGGUCUGCCGUCGACUGGGUCUGCCGUCGACUGGUUCUGCCGUCGAUUGGUUCUGCCGUCGACUGGUUCUGCCGUCGAUUGGUUCUGCCGUCGAUUGGUUCUGCCGUCGACUGGAUGGCCAACACUGUCACUCCGCCGACGGCGAUACAGUUCAAGCGUCUCGUCUCGUCUCAAUGUCCUGCUACCUGCCUCCUGUACCGACGGGCAUUUUCGAUUUUGCAAUGUUCAUGGACGUCAUGGAACGGCAAGCCCGGGAAGCAGACGCAGCCGAUGGAAGCGCAGCUACGGAAAGGGGACAACCAGACUACCAUUCGCGAUGAUGACAAUGAAUCAUGGAUAGGAUGCUAG